ACAGAAGCAGCUGGAGCUGAAGUUGAAGGAUGAGGAGAACCAGGUUCUUGGGGCUGCUGUGGACGUUCUUGCUCUCAGAAAUUCAAGCUGCAGCUGACCCAGCUGAGGAAAGAUAUGACCGCACAGAAGGGCAGACCCUGACUGUGGGCUGCCCCUUCAACAUCAUGAAGUAUUCCAACAGCCAGAAGGCUUGGCAGAAGUUACCGGCUGGAGGGGAGCCCCUGACACUGGUGGUUACAAAGCAGUCGUCUGGGAAGCCCAGUCAAGUCCAGGUGGGGAGGUACAUGCUGACAGAUGACCCCACAGAGGCCAUGCUGCACGUCCAAAUGGCCGACCUUCGAGUGGAAGACUCGGGACUCUAUCGCUGUGUGAUUUACUACCCCCUUAAGAAUCCUGACAUAUUGUACCAUCCUGUCCGCCUGGUGGUGACCAAGGAUUCUUUACAUACUCCUGCCCCUGACGUGAUUACUACUAAAAACUUGGUUGAAGUUUCUACCCAUACUACCACAAAAGACAUGAGCAUUUAUACCAGGUACAAAACUGUGACUCAACCCCUCCGUAAGUCAACUGCUGUCACCUCCUCUCCUGACCCCAGAGUCACCUUCACAAAUGUGACAAGUGUUACCAGGGUCCCCAUGUUCAGCAUUGUUGUUCCUGUGGUCUGUGGACUCCUCAGUAAGACCUUGAUCUUCCUUGUCCUGUUUGCCAUCACAGAGAGGUCAUUUAGAUGACAGACUCAUGAAACCACACAACGGUGACGUCUGACCUCCAGCCAUGUCCCUCUCUCAGGAGGAGUUUGUGGGGAUUAGGAUAAAGAAAAGGCUACAACUUGAAUUGAACCUGGAAUCACAGGAUGUUUCAGGCUCAAGAUACCCCCCGACUGCUGGCCCUGCUGACUCCCCUCAUUUCAUGGGUGUGUGCUCAUCCCCCUCAGAAGAGAGGAUGUGACCCUCAGCAUGCCCUGGCUAUUCUACCACCACAGUCCCAAAUAAAUACAGAGCCCCAGCUUCUCAAUGUCACUCUGUUGUGGGAGUUGUGAGUUCUAGGUGGCCCUGCUGUUUCUGCCCCUUAUCCUGCCCUUGGACCAUACAGUUCUAGUCUCCUGUACAGGAUCGCUACUUACGAAGCAGCCUGCCUUCCCAGUCUGAGACUCCUGGGCGUCUCUUUGCUAUGGCCCUUUGUGCUCUCCCAACGUAGACCGAGAAGACAAGAUACCACCGUGAGAAUUACACAGCUGGGGGAGAAAUCAAGUUAAGCUGAAUGCUUUUGCCUGGGAAUGUACUUGGAGGAAGAGAUGGUGUUUAUUGGAUUGAUCAGUAAAUGGUAUCUGAUAAACUGUGUGUAAUUUUAUCAUCGCACCUUGAAUAUAACCUGUAACGGUAGAGUUGUAUGUGACCAGAAUGGGGCUACCACUUUGUGGUAGGAACGA